AUGAAUGGGGUCGAUUCGGAUGAUCAUUCAAGACAAAGACAAAGACGCUCUAAUGCUACUACAACAAGAGCAAUACCAUCAACAACAACAACAAAAAUAGCAGCAGCAGCAACAACAACAACAACAACAACAGCAACAACAACAGCAGCAAUAACAACAACAACAACAUCAGCAACAACAGCAACAACAACAACAACAACAUCGCCAUUAAUUAUAAUACAAGGAUUACCAAAAAUCAAUAGUUGUGAAGAGAAACGAGGUAUUCUGCGAAGUCUUUCAUUUCAGUUCAGUACAUCAUUAAAUCGUGGUAGACGUCGUAUAGCUGAUGUAUUCGAUAAUUCGGAUGAAACUGAACAACAAAAUGCAUUGAAUAAUCUUCGAGGUUGUAAAAAGAAUCGUCUUGAAUUAGCAAUGUAUUCAUCAACAUUUGGUGUACAACAUUACGGUAUAAUGUUGAAACAAAGUAAACGAAAAAAUCGUUCAGCAAAAUGGAAUAAGCGGUUCUUCAUACUGAGAGAAUGCUUUCUAAUUUAUUAUAGAGUAUCGGAGAAAAAAAUAUUUGAGAAAACAAGACGAAUGAAUUUACAUCCAAAGGGAAUUGUACCACUUGUUGAUUGUUCUGUGGUAGCUGGCCAAGAUCAUGGACACAAGAAUUGUUUACUAAUAACACAUAUACAAUUUAAAUCAGCAAUCAUUGUUUGUGCACCGGAUUCGAAAGCACAAGAAAGUUGGCUAACUGCCUUACGUGAUGCUACAAAAAUUUCCUACAAGAAUACGACAUCAUGGGAAAAAUUAGUGGAAGAAUUGGAAAGUCGUGGUGUAUUGCUAAAUGAAGAGAAGAAAAUGUAUGAGGAAAAGUUGGUAGCUGAAUCACAAGCACGUCAAGAAGAACAUAGUCGUUAUUUGUGUCUUGAAAGAGCAAAAGAUGAACUGGAAAGAGAACGAGAAAGAUUAAUUCGAAUGACGAAGAAAUUAAAAGAUGAUUUGCAAAGCGUAAAAAAUGAAUUGAAAAUUACGAAUGAAACGAAACGAACAUUGGAACAGGAGAAAAUUUCGCUAAAUGCCAAAACAGAACAUCUUGUCAGUAAUAUGCAGUCGCUCAAUUUGGAAAAAUCGAAAAUUGAAGAGCAAGUAUCAUCGAUAAUCAGGGAACGUGAAAAAUUUUUACUUGAAAAUCAAAAUUUAUCAACCGUAACAUGUCAAUUGAAAAAUCGAUUAAUGGAAAUUGAAACAAAAACGAAUUGUAUUUUAGCGGAAAAGGAACGCGUUGAAGCAAUGCUUCGUUUAAAUGAAAAGAAAACAAUUGAUUUGGAAAAGGAACGAGAAUAUUACAAUAGUCAAACAAUGGAACUUUUAAAUUCAUUGAAGGAAGUAAGCGAACAACGUGAUAUAACGGAAGCUGAAUUAAAAGAUGAAGUAAUGGCACGAAUAGGAGCGGAAAAGCAACUUCAGGCUGCUGAGAAGGCCUUAGAACAUUUGGAAACGGCAUUAAAAUUAACCGGAGCACAAAUGAGCGAAUUACAAGAACAUAUUAUGCCUGAUGUUCAUAAAUUACGAGAAUUUUUCGAACAAUGUGCUGAAGCAUCGAAAAUGGAUGCAAAUCGACCUAUUAUUAUGCGAAAUGCUAUACAUGCACGUCGUUCAUUGAGACGUAGCAAAACACGUAUACGUGGUUCAUUUCGACGUAAAUUAUUAUCAGCUAAUACAAUGCAAUCAUUAUCUACAACAGGAUAUAACACUGCUACAUCAUCAAUUGAAAUGUCAAAUCCGGAAGAACCGAUACCAAAAAUUGAACCAAAUAGUUUAAUGCAUCUAUAA